GGAGAUGUAGAGGCAUUUGAUUCGAGACAAACGAUUUGCGAUCUAAAAUAUCCUCUGGCACUAGAAGGCUGAUAGUUGCAUAACACCUUUCAGCGCCGCACCGAGUACUCUUGCCGUCCUGACGUCUACUCAGUCUUUUGCGCUAUUUGAUUCGAGAGAAAAACGAUGGAAUUUCCGCAAGACUUCAUCGCCCAAAUACUCGCUCUACUCCCAGUCAAGUCUCUCUUGCGUUUUCAGUGCCUUUCGAAGCCGUGGUUUGCUCUAAUCAGAGACCCGCAUUAUUUCAUCCAUCUCAAGAACCCCAACAACGACAACAACAGAGAAAACAUUCUCAUUGCGGAGACAUUUGGGCAAGAACAGAAAAAGGAUUUCUUUUUCCUAAAUAUUAUUUCAUCCAAUGAGGAACAGUUGAGUGAGCCCGUGAGCAUCUCCCCACCCUUCUUUCGUCAGGAAAACCUCCACCACACCUCGGUGGUAGGCUGCUGCAAUAGCUUGAUUUGCAUCACCAGCUACUGUAUCACGGUUCCCUCCCACAAUUAUGAAAUUGUGAUUUGGAACCCAUCAAUCAAAAAAUACAAGAGAUUACCACCAAUCAAGCAUCCCGCGAUGCAUCUCAAUUUUGCAUUCGGGCAUGAUCCAGUCAACAACGACUACAAGGUUUUAAUGAUAGAAUUUGUGUGGAUUAAUGAUCGAAUGAAGGCGUUACGAAUUAUGGUAUAUAGUCUAAAAGCACUUUCUUGGAGAAGAGUAGAAGAUCGAUGGCCUUACAAGGAUUCAAUUUCUCUUUGGUCGGAGCCAACUUUCUUAAACGGUGCUUUCCAUUGGUUGAUUUCUACUACUCAAGGAACGACUCUUCUUGCAUUCGAUCUCACCACCGAGAAAUUUCGAGUGCAAACCCAUCCGCUUUCAAUCACGAUGGUUUUGGGGGUUUUGGGAGGAUCGCUUUGUGCUUCCGGGUUUAUUGAGGCUACAGACAAUGCCGUUUGGGGCAAUGAUGUUUGGAUGAUGAAGGAGUACGGAGUGGUGAGCAGUUGGAGUCGGCUUUAUCACUUGCCUAUGACUUUGAGUUGCCGCGACCUAGCACAAGUCCUUUUAAAAGACGGCGAAAAGGUUCUGAUGACGGACCAUACUGAUACACUCUUUUGGUACGACAUAAACAAGAAGACAUGUAGGAUUGCUGAUGUCAAAGUUCUGCUGAAUAUUAUGGAGAAGAGGUAUUGGAUAAUGUCUUGUGCGGAAAGCCUCCUUCUCCUCGACGACGGUGAUAGUGACAAUUGAAUUCAAUGGUGCGUUGAUCAUCCUCUUUGGAUUAUUUAUUUUUCUUUAUGCAU